GUACCCAGUCAUCGAACCUAGAAUUCCUCCCGACAUAGACUCCACCUCAGAGCGCCUCAUUGCUUAGCGCCCGUUUCAGCUUUGUGCGACAACAGUAUGCCACACCCUUCUUUUCCUACUUUCGAUCCCUUACCGAAACAAGAGUACGGUGACUGCGAGAACACGGACCAGAAGCGUGCCCGGUCUUCGUCGGUCCUAGCCCGCCUCUUUUCCCGGAAGCGUCGUCCGCGCACCGCCACGAAUGCUUCCUAUGCCCAGGGGCUUCCCAUAACUCAUAGUUCCCAUCAUGAAGAAAAUACCCCCGAGCUAACUUGCCGAGACGCAACAACAACAGUGAAUCAACCCAAGUCCACCAUGGACACCCAAGUACUCAAUCCAUCAAGGCCAGAUCGCCCCGAAGACAGGGGUAUGUGGAUGUGCAACCAUCCGCAACCAGUUACGCCGCCCGCUAGGAGGGCACCCGUAGUCCUAGAUAAGAGCAUGGAGAAUUGGUUGAGAGAGCAAUCUAUGGAGCCGCAAACGGCGUUCCGCUCUGACAAGGGGUAUCGUAAUCCGCGGCUGCGGAGAUUAGAAGCGCUGCAGCGCAGGUCGACGAAGGAGGCGCUGAAAGCGAUCGGCGCGGCGGCUUUGGGCCGUGGCACUAGGGCCCCGAAGGAGGAGGACAAGCCGGCCGAAGUAGAAAACGAGAGAGUGAAUCGCUCCAGCAGGCCCACCACGCCUGACCGCAACCCUCCCGCCCAAGAAAACGACGCAGACGACGAAGACGAGAGCCCACCCUGGCCUCCCUCCAGCUUUUCCCGCGAAGCCGUCCAACCCACGCCGCUCCCCUACAAAUGGACCAUGCCGCGCAACAAACUCUACCGCGAAGCGUACUACGGCGCGACGAAAGCGCUGCCCGACUCGGAAAUCGAGUCCAUGAUGAACAGCGGCUGGCUCAUCGAAGACGCCACGGGCCUCCGUUACGCUAUCAACGGCAAGUACAUCCUCUACUCCAUCGGCAAGGGCAAAGCGCCCGAGGCCCCUGAAAACCUGAAGCCCGACCUCGUCAAAGAGCACGUGGCGCGUACGCUGGGGCGCGUGAAUCUAGAAGGCGAGGAGGAGGUCCAGCGGCCGGGGACGCCGCUUGAGGAUCCGCGACGGGCGUGGGAGAGCGAUCCGGGGAUGGUGGGGAGUAGCAGAUGGAGGGGCCGGAAGAGCGUGCGGUUCAAUGUGAACAAGGAUAUAUUUGAUGAGAGGGGGCAGUUGGUGGUGGAGCUGGUGAUGGAUAAUGAGGGGAAGAGUAGGGAGAUGAAUAGAGCUUGGAGGGAGGGGAGGAGGGAGAGGAGGAAGAAGGAGAAGGAGGUUGAGGCGAUUAGUGGAGAGGGGAUGGGGGAUUUGGAGAUUUGAGCGUUGGUGCGUUUUGGCGUUGCAUUGCAUUGCAUUGGGAUUCAGGUUUGUUGGUGGGAAUACAAUAGCGCUGGCGUUUUCGGAAUGUGAUUAGAGAUCCGGUUGAGCUGUAGUAGAUGUUACUAUGGUAUCUCGUGCGAGUGCUGUCGUUUGCGGAUAUACCAGGCUUUCUUCCUCGGGCAAAAUGCCGCGACCCUUUCGCGC